GGAGCCUCUCCAACAACGGCGCCGUUAGCCCGUCUGGAACGAAGACCACAACGCCACAGAGCCAACUAACGCCGUCAAACCAAUGUCCGUGUCUUCCCUGCCUUCCCGAAAAUAAUACUACUAGCACUGUUGUUGAAGAAGUAGAAUCAGACCCUUUUUCUCUCUCUACUUUCCACGUAUUUCUCUCACCACACACACAUAUCCCAUACAUACACACUGCCAUUUAUAUAUUACUGACUUUCAACAUACUCUGAAAUCUGAAUACAGUCUCCUAUUUUCUCCUCUUUCCUGUUCUAGGUUUCCUGACUGGUGAAGGGGCACCGUUCGAUCACGUAAGCUUGUAUCCUUCUGGUCCCAUGCAAAAAUAUUCUAUUUGGUCAUCAAUGUGAAAGGCAACCGAUCACAGUUAUCACCUUUUAUAUCUGUCUGUAAGGAAGAAUGGGGGCUGCAUGCUGUGUUGCUGCUAAGGACAGAACUAUUACAGAUGGGUCACCUGGUGACUCUUUGCAGAGGCAUGUCCGCUAUUCACCAAAUUGGAGCUUUCGAUGGGAUAAUCGUGGACGGGUAGCUGGGGAAGAGACACACACAAAUUGGUCCCAUGAUGGAGGUUGUGCUAAUGAUAGAAUAGAAGUUAAAUCUGGUACUACUGUUGAAACCGCAUUUGCUUCUGAGGAGGGUAGUCCAAUUGAUAGUUUCCGAUCAGUUGCGUGGCAGAAGUCCCCAGUAUCAGAAGGAAAUGGUGGAAUUUCAAGACUUCCGUCAUCUGAUCAAGCUAUGUCACAGGCUGUUGUAGAGGUGAAGGAGUCAACAGACUCAUUAUCUGUAUCAUACCCAUCACCAGUAAAGCUAUCCCCUUCUGUUUCAUCAAUGUCAGCAUCUCCUCUGUCCUACCAGAGCCACCUGCCUCCUCCAAGCUCAACUCCUUCAAGAUGGCAUCAUCGAUCUCCGGGACGUCGGUUACUACGCCAAGUAUCUGAUAGCAGAAUUCCUGAGUACAAGUCGCCCACAUUCUCAAUAUCUGAGGAGCCAUCUAUAUUUAUGCCCUCAGGUUGGGGCAAUGAAUCAUCUAGGGAAUCUAAUGGCGGUUCUUCAGAUAGUUGGUCAGUCCCUGCCUUCUCUGAGCUCAUGACUACUCGUAGAGAGAGGUGGUCUUUUGAUAGCGAAACAUCAGGUUUCAGCCGAGAGAAAAUUACCAGAUCAAGUGGCCGUGAUCCAGGUUCUUUUAGUUCUGAUCUUCAGACUUGUGGAAUUUGUACGAAGCUUUGUACUCAGAGAUCCUCGUGGGGGUGGAGUAGUCAAACAAUGGUAUCCACCAACGAACUUUCUGUGGUUUCUGUCUUAAAUUGUGGACAUGUUUACCAUGCUGAAUGCUUGGAGUCUAUGACUCCUGAGAUCAACAAGUACGACCCAGCUUGCCCAGUUUGUACUUUUGGGGAGAAGCGGGCCGUGAAGAUGUGCGAAAAGGCUUUGAAAGCCGAACUGGAUUCAAAAGCAAGAAAACGCUCUAGGAAACGUGUUAUUGACAGUGAUCUGAGCAAUGAUAUUAUGUUUGGUCGGCAUAAAAGUGGUGGACUUGAUGCAAGGGGUCCGAAGAUGAGCUCAAGUUCUAGCAUGAAGAGCUCAGCAGGAAAGCCUUUUUUGAAACGGCAUUUCUCAUUCGGCUCCAAAACAAGUAGAUCUGUCUCUGAAAAUCAAUCUACUCCUAGGAGGAGCUUUUUCUGGUCAAGAUCUAGCAAGGGCUGAGGUUCAUCAUGGAUUUCCAAUCAAAUUAUCCAUUGGACAGUCACUGGAAAAUAUUGGGACAGAAGGUCAUUGGCAUCUUCACCAACAUAGGAUAGCUUCUGCAGACACAGUGUAAAGAAGGUCGUUAAUACUAAGUGAAGUUUCCAAUUCAUCAUGAUAUAGAAAAAAUGAUAUUCAUAGGAAAAUGGAUUAUAUGUUUGUGUGCUAUUCAUCAUAUAAUUUUAAUUUGUUUUUGUUUAA